AUGGUUUAUAUUGUCUGCAUCUCAGGUGUUGGAGGAAAACCAAAAAGCAUUUUUGCUCUGAAAUGGUCAUCAGUGAAGCUGAGCUGCUCAGCUCAACGCUCAGCUGCAUACAUCACAUGGUACAUCGUGAGCAAGAAGGAUGCAGAGUAUGUUUAUCAAAAUGUGUCUGCACAUGCAACUCAUGAAGAGUUCAGUUUAUCAGAGGAUCAUUUCACUCUGACAGUCAGAGGUCAAACAGAGUGUAAUAGAACUUACUGCUGCAGUGAAACGAUUCCUGAAGGGAAGCCAGAUGAAACCGACAGCUGUCAGCAAAACAGCAUUCAGCUCCAGGUUACAGACCUCCAGGUGAAAGUGUUUCCUGCCUCAGAGGGACAGAAAGUGACUCUGAUGUGCUCAAGCAGCUGUUCUCUGACUGAAAGCCCUGCGGCCUUCAUCUGGUACCAGAACGGAGAGUUCCUCUAUGAGGACUGGUCCCCCUGGUACCAAGAGCUGGUCAGCAGUGAUCAGGCGGUCAGAUACUCCUGUGCUAUCAAACGCUUCGAGGAUCUCAGAGCUCCUGACGUCUCAGUGGAUUCUGUCUCUGGGAGCUGCUUCAGUGUGACCUACGCCGAAGGCAGAAUGUGCUCCUCCAAAUCACAGAACCGGUCCUGCUCCAUCACAUUUCCUACAGAAGUCCGUGUUGAAAGGACAACACCAGUCCUAGACCAUUGCAAGAUGACAUGUAACUCCAGCUGUUCUCUGACUGACAGCAAAACUUCAUUCCAGUUGUAUACAAACACAGAAAGUGGUGAAAAGAAAGUUAAUCAAAACACUUCAGUUAUCAUCUCAUCACAAGAGAGCUUCUUCUGCACCGUGAAGGAUCAUCAUGAUAUGCUUUCUAAUGAAAUUUGCGUCAAUGGUCGCGACUGCUGGAGUGUGAGUUAUGACAGCAGGAGAAUCUGUGGCCUGAAGGGUUCAUCAGUGAACAUCUCCAGCAAAUACUCACAUCCCGAAGGCCAAACACCACAGACUAAACGCUGGUAUAAGAAAGAGAUAAAUACAAAGCUUGAAGAAGAGGUGAUGGAGAAGGAAACCGAUGUGAAUUAUCAGGACAUGAGGGACAAACACAUCCUCAUGUUGAACAACCUGGAUGAGAAAAACUCAGGAGAAUACGAGUUCAGAAUGGAAACGGAGCAACGUAAACAGAAAUCAAUUGAAUUUCCUGGAGUUACUCUGAUUGUAACAGGUCUCCUAGUGGACGUGCGACCUGCUGCAGAGGUCACUGAGGGUCAGAGAGUCACGCUGACCUGCAGCACCAGCUGUCCUCUCAGUGAAAACACAAACUACAUUUGGUACUUGAACAGUCGGCCUCUGAGUCUGACUCAAACAGCAAACAAGCGUUGGAUCAUAGAUGCAGUUAGCAGGCAGGAUGAGGGAAACUAUUCCUGUUCGGUUGGAUCAAUCAACUCAACUGGAAAGACUCUGACUGUACAAAGAACAGAUACAACAGUAAACUGGAAACCAGCAGCUGCAGGACUCUCUGUGUUUCUUUUGGUCCUGGUACCGGCGACUGUUUUCUUGUACAGGAAAUUCAAGCCCUCUCAUCAGUCUUCUAAAAGUGAAUCUGCCGACAAUAUGGACGAUAUGAACGAGAUAUAUACUGGUGGUAUGUAUGAAGAGUUUGAAGCUCAACCAGCAAAACAGGAGCUUCAUUACAGCCAGAUAGCUUUGGCGAAAAUAAACCCCAUUUACUCCAACUUCCAGCAGCAUCAAGAGCAAGAGCAUGUCUGCUACUCUGCGCUCAAAACAAGAACCAGCACCAAUUCAGAUUCAGCCAGAUAGAACCAA